AAGGGCUUCUUUUUCGUUACCAAUAUUACUCGAGAUUUUCUGAACCUUAAUUUGUUCUAAAUACAAUGGCUUCUUUACAGGAUAACCAACCAAUAUGAACAAUUAUUAUAUCCAAUGUACCGUGUGACAAUAAGACGUGAAAAUGCACACAACACAAACAUGUCGGGUUUCAAAGUAUUUCAAUCUAACCAUAUUAGAAUUGGAUAGAGGGGAAAGGGGAAAAAGAUAUAUAGAUAAUAAUAGACGAUUCCCGGGUUCCGUUCAACGUGUAGCCACCGCCAAUGAAUAUGGACUCGAUGGCGAUGAACGAUGAUGGAACAAUGGGGGGAAUGCCGCCAACAACAUCCCAAAAGGAAUCAAUGGGGAGAAUGGAUAUGGAUAUGGAUAUGAAUAUGGGAAGGGGAAUGGAAUCAAAUAAAACGAUGACACACAUGACUUUUUAUUGGGGGAAAAACGCUUGGAUUCUUUUCCAUGGUUGGCCCGGAAGCAGCACAGGAAUGUAUAUUUUGGCGUUGGUUUUGGUGUUCGUGCUCGCGUUAAUUAUGGAAUGCCUAGCUAAUAGUAACGCUGCCACAGCAAAAUCCAACGGUAUCCUGCGUACAUUGAUACACACUUUGCGUGUGUUGUUUUCGUAUUUGGUGAUGUUGUCUGUGAUGUCUUUUAACAUUGGUGUGUUUGUAGUGGCAAUAGCAGGGCAUGCUGUUGGGUUCUUUGUGUUUGGAGUGCUUAAUAAAUCACCAGAAAAAGAUUCAGAUAUCUCUUCAAUGGCUUGCUAAUUCUAUAGUCUAGUGGAUUUUUCUAAUGAUUUAGUUAUGUAACAAGUAGUAUUCUAUGAGUUCUAAUAACA